CGAUUAGGAAUCGAAUCGUUACACGCCCACUGCCGUUGCAGGUAAGGGGCAUGAGGAUCAAUUUGCCGCGUCUCUCUUUAUCGUCGGAACCGGGUGAACGAUGGGACGCAAGAAAGCAGGGAACAAGAGGCCACCGCAGCAGAUGAGCACGAGGGAGCGGCUGCAGUAUAAGGUGAAACAGAAGGGCAGGGAGAGAGACGAGAGCAGCAAGUACACGGCGGAGCAGCUGCUGGAAAAGGCGGGCGAGUGUGCCGACAGCUGCAAUGUGGAGCUGGCCGCCAUGUUCUGCCAACGAGCGCUGGAGAUGGAGCCCGACCAUUUGCAGGGGCUGGACAUGGCAGGCAGCCUCCAGGCCGAGCUAGGCAACGUGGACAAGGCGCAACGCUGCCUCCUGCGUGCCGUGGAGUUGAGUCCUGACGAGGGCCACGCCAAGUACAUGUACCUGGGCCAGCUGAGCGCCGGCGCAGAUGCCGUCGCCUUCUUCAGCAAGGGUGUGGAGAUCAUGGCACGCGCGCUGCAGGCGCAGCCCGCACAGGCUGCUGCUGCCAGCCCGGAUUAUGGAGCCGAGGUCACUCCCAGGGACGUGUCUGCUGCUUACUGCUCCAUCGCUGAGAUUUAUCUCACAGACCUGUGCAUGGAGGAGGGGUCGUCCGAACGGUGCAAGCAGACUCUGGGACAGGCCCUGGAGGCUGACUCCAGCAACCCCGAGGCCCUGCAGCUCAUGGCCAGCUACCUCUUCAGCACCGAGCAGCCACAGGAAGGGAAGGUUUACCUCCUGCAGUCUCUCUCUGCCUGGCUGCCCAGCCGGCAGCAAGGCCAAGAAGCAGAGAACCGGACAGAGGCACCAGACGAUACCACGGAGAUGCUGGCUCAAAUCCCUCCCUAUGAGAGCAGAAUAUCAACAGCGAAACUCCUCUCCGAGGUUGAAGAGUAUGAGUUGGCGUCCGACGUGCUGGAGGGCUUGCUGGAGGAGGACGACGAGGUUGUGCAGGUGUGGUACCUGCUGGGGUGGGUGAGCUACCUGCAGGCCAAGUGUGCGCCUCCAGAUGAGGCCGCGGGACAACAGGACUCGGCCAGGACGUGUCUGCACAAGGCCAAGAAGCUUGCCGCCAAACUGGGGUGCGACGACGAGGCUAUGAUGGCCCACGUGGAGGAGCUCAUGGCGGAGCUGGGGCCCGGCGACGGACCCCCAGACAGCGAGGACGAUGACGCGGCGCCCAUGGAGGACGGUGUCGAUGAUGAUGAGGAACUGCUGCAGAGCAGCGAUGAUGAGGAGGAGGUGACCAAGGAAGAUGAGCACAUGGAACAGUGAACCUGGGGAGAUGGAACAUGGGGGCUUGGCUUGGCAGUCUGAGCGAACUUUCUGAAGUGGAAGAAUUGUGUAUCUGUUUGGCUCGCCUUUGGUAUAAAGCAACUCUGAUAUAUUUCAUAAGAGGAGUGGUUUUCCAAGCCGUACCUCUGCUGUACCGUUUGUAAAUAUGAAUGAUCUGCACUGCAUGAACAGGUGUUUGUACAUGUUUAAUGGUGAUUGGCAUCCAUAUGGAACAUUUUUAUAAGCUAGGUUCAUUUUGAUGCGUAAUUAUAUGAUCUUUGUUGAUAUGUUUUUAAUUGUUAUUUUUACUUAUCUUAUACUAGCGAUAAGUACCCGGCGUUGUCUGCACUAUUAAGCAGGAAUUUCAAGAAUAGUUUCUAUGCAUGUGUGCUUGUGGCAUGGUCAAAAGAAUUGGUUCCACCUGAUGUUUUCAUUUCGUUAUGAAACAGAAUGUUGCUGUUUAUGAAUUGUACAGCUUUGGGGCAUCUGUGAAAAAAAGCUUCAUCGCUCUUAGGAUUCCUCCGGUAUAAAUAAAUACUCUGAAUUUGGGGACGUCGAUGUAGUAGGAAGAAGAGGGGUAAGUGACGAGCACAUUAGUAGCAGAGAACUGGUGGGGAGUGUAAGCGGAUUUUGGUAGCUGGAGAGGAGCCAAGGCCCAGAGGGAAGAUGUGAGGCGUGUAAGACGAUUGGGGGAGAUGGUCUCAAAAGUAAAACAAAGUAAUACUGUUUCGGACUUUAAUUUGCGUUCUUUAUUUUGCUUAGGCGUGCAACUCCGUUAAUGUUUAACGUCAAGAUUAUUGCCUCUCGUGCGGACAUGACACCUGCAGCAGCUGUGUUGGAUGACUCCUGUGCCGUGCACUAUAUCCGAUUUCAAUUUUCAUUUUUCCUAAAGUGUUAGCUUUGUUUCAAUAAAGUUUCAGUUGUAUUUAAAA